CGCGGCUCGCAGCGUCUUGGUAACCCGUACCGCCGCAGUGAAGGAGAGGACCAAGGGCGGAGGGAAAAUGACAGCUGGUUCAGUGUGUGUCCCUCAAAUCAUACCCUUGCGGGUGCCUCAGCCCGGAAAAGCCAACCAUGAAAUUGAUAACAAUACGCUUUUGGAAAUGAAAUCAGACACCCCGGAUGUCAACAUAUAUUAUACCCUGGAUGGCAGCAAACCUGAAUUCCAAAAGAAAAUUGGUUAUGGUGAAAACACUACCUUUAAGUAUUCGAAGCCUAUUACCCUGCCUGAUGGAAAAAUACAAGUUAAAGCUAUCGCAGUCACUAAAGACUGCAGAGAGAGUGCCAUUGUCACAAAGGUAUUUCAGGUGGACUCUAUUCCACCAGAUCCAGUCUCUCCAGAAGACACUGUGGAAAAUGCUCUCAAGGACCCUCCAAAGCAGGAACUGAAAAAUGGAUUUGUUGAAUCAAAAGGAAGGAAGAAAUAUAAGAAUCCUGAAAGUAAACUGGGUUGGAAUGUUAACCUCGGAAAGUUUCCAGACAUGGGUGAAAGAAGUGACCCUAAAACAUUGAAAGACCUUCGCUUCUCAGAGAGUCCGCGGGAAGCCCCUACUUUCCGUGAUGAAUUGGGCUCUAGACCAGCCCCCCAGCAGCCCCAGUUCCCUGGGUUUGCACACAUAACUGGCCAAAAGAGCUUGACAAGCACAGAGAUCAUGAGGAUUCACAGGGAGACGGACUUUCUCAAGUGCGCCCGCUGCCUGGUGGCCCGCCCGUCGGACCCCUUUGCUCGCUACUGUCUGGAAUGUGGCUCCUCUGUGCCCCCUAUCUUCGGCUGCCGUCUGCCGCCCCCAGAAGGAGCUCAGAUGGGCCUGUGCACAGAGUGUGAUAACGUGGUGCCCCUGAACACGCCCAUCUGUGUGGUCUGUGAGGCUCCCCUGGCACCGCAGCUGCAGCCACAGGCCAGCUUCCGCCUGAAGGAGAGAGUGAUCUGCCGCGACUGUGGCACCGGGAAUCCGGCUCAGCUGCGAUACUGCGUCUCCUGCGAGGGGACCCUGCCGUCCUCGCCGCAAGAGCCUAGCGUUCCGACUUGCUACUCAGUUUGCUUUAAAUGUGGGGCCAGCAAUCACCCAUCUGCUCGCUUCUGUGGCUCCUGUGGCCUUUAUGUGAGGUCCUUGGCACGACCCUACGUGGAGAGCAGCCUGGCUCUAGCUGCUGGAGAACUUGGCCUGUUUGCUGAGCCUCGACCCGUCUGGCAGCCCCUAAACGUUCCUCUGCCCAGGCCUGAUGCUGGGCCUAAGAGGGAUGUGGGCACACAGACCACCGGCCUGUUCUACCCGUCGGGGACCCUCCUGGCGAAAAAGGAGCUGGAGGUGGCUUCCCAGAAGCAGAGGCAGGAGAAGACGAGUGACCACAAGCCUCUUCUCACAGCUGUCAGCCCGGGGAGAGGAUACUGGAGAAAGCAGGUGGACCACAUCUCUGCUCACCUCCGGUCUUAUGCUCAGAACAACCCUGAAUUCCGAGCCUUGAUUGCAGAACCCAGGAUGGGAAAGCUCAUCUCUGCUACUGUUCAUGAGGAUGGCUAUGAAGUCAGCAUCAGGCUGAAUUAUAUUCAAGUCUCAAACAAGAACUUUUACCUGAACAAGGCGAUGAAUUUCAGUGACCACUUCCUGAGCAGCAUCACUGAGGGUGGGAACGGGCUAUUCGGCAGCGGGUCCAGCUUGGUGAGCGACUACAGCCAGGGCGCUCCUGACACCGAGGAGAAAGUCACCAGGACCAAGAAUUUCAAGACCAAACCCUUUCAAGAGAAGAAGCAGCAGCUUUCGCCUGAAGACAGGCUUCUGCUGAAGGAGGUUGGACCCACAGGAGAGGGAAGAGCAUCUGUGAUGGAGCAGCUGCUGGAUGAGGGAGCCGACCCCAACUGCAGUGACAACCAAGACCGGCCCGUCCUGAGCCUGGCUGCCAUGAACCAACACCACGAAGCCAUCCCGGUUCUCGUGCAGAGAGGAGCGGACGUGGACCAGCAGUGGGGCCCGCUGCAAAAUACAGCUCUUCAUGAAGCAACUCAGCUUGGCCGGGCAGGAAGGGAGUGCAUCGCUGCCUUACUGGGAUGCAACGCCAGCGUCCAGAAGAAGAACGCGAGAGGCCAGACAGCGUAUGACCUGGCCCUGGAAACUGGGGACGAGCCCGUCACCUCACUCUUUGCUGCUAAGCUAGGCCUGGAUGAACGCUAAGCCCAAGGGCCCCACAGGCAUCAUUCAGAGAAGUUACCCAGCUCCGGCUGUGCUGUGUUCACUUCCUUCCAAAUGCAUAUUAGAGAUUUGGAAAUCGAGCUUGAGAGCCACUCAUAAGAUUUUAAAAAAUUAUGUGACAGUGUAAGCCACCCAUGCCCACACUCCCUGAGUAUUUCCCCAAACGCCCUGGAUCCUGAUGAACGUAGUGUACACUAGUGGUGUGUUGCUGCUUGUCUUCGAAUUUGCUCUUGAAUCUUAAUUUAUUUCUCAGUAGACAGUAAUUGCAUACUGUUGUUGUUCAGUCUUUAAGUCAUGUCCAACUCUUUGUGACCCAGUGGACUGUAGCAUGCCAGGUUCCUCCGUCCUUCACUCUCUCCUGGAGUUGACUCAAAUUCACGUCCCUUGAGUCGGUGAUGCUAUCUCCCCACCUCAUCCUCUGCCACCCCCUUCUCCUUUUGCCUUCAAUCUUUCCCAGUCUUUUCCAAUAAUUGCAUAUGGUUCUAAGCAAAGAAGUGUAAAAUCUCAUGUAGUGAAGAGUCUCCCUCCCAUCCCCGCCCCACGACCACUCACGUUCCCCCUCAGACCACCAGUGACCUACGUGUCAGUUGUGUGAUUCCAGAAGUAGCGUAGGAUUAUAUAAGCAAGUGUAUGUCGUAUGUGUAUGUGUUUGUGUAGAGUACACGUAAACGUAAGUGAAAGUAACACACCUAUAUUCUGUCCGCUCUUCUAAGACAAAUAGUGGGAAACCACAUACUGCUCUGCAUGUUAUUUGCUUAAUAUAUCUAGUAAAUUGGUUCCAAAUUAGUGCAUAAAGAUUGAGCUUAUUAGAAUCUUUCCCUAUGAAGCUGAACUCAUCAAUAUUUGUAUUGUUAUGGCUUGUUCUCUGGUUGACAGGUAAGCUUCAAAUAAACCAGUUACAGAAAUGUGA